AUUCGAUGCCGUAGUGCCCAUCUGCGGUACCCAGCUGCCAAAAUGCAGGGCUUCAACAUGGGACGAUAUGUCCCACCCGACCAAGAGGGCCUUACGAGCGCCAACAAACUCGCGGGAAAGCACCCACUCGGGUCCCGCGCGCGCCAUCUGAACACCACCGGCGCCCUGGUCGUUCGAUUCGAGAUGCCGUUCGCGGUAUGGUGCACGACCUGUAAACCGCACGAGACGAUCAUCGGACAAGGCGUGCGCUUCAACGCCGAGAAGAAGAAGGUCGGAAGUUACUACUCCACGCCCAUAUAUAGCUUUCGCAUGAAACACACCGCUUGUGGCGGGUGGAUCGAGAUCCGCACAGAUCCGCAAAAUACAGCGUAUGUUGUUACGGAAGGGGGUAGGAAGCGGGAUACUGGAGAGGAGAAGGAUCUGGGCUUGGGGGAGAUUGCAAUCAAGCUACGAGGGGAGGGGGGUGGGGAGGCGGGGAAUGAUCCGUUGGCGAGGUUGGAGGGCAAGGUUGAGGAUAAGAGGAAGGCAGAGACGGAGCAGAGUCGGAUAUUUGAUCUGCAGAGACGGCAAAAUCGUGACUGGGAGGAUCCUUACGCGCAGUCUAGACGGCUGAGACGGGGGUUCCGGACGGAGCGGAAGGUGCUUGAGAAUGCGGAGGCGAAGCGCGAGGCGUUGAAGGACAAGAUGAGCUUGGGGAUCGAUCUAGUGGAUGAGACCGAAGAGGAUCGACUGCGCGCUGGAAUGGUGGAUUUCGGUCCUGUUGGUGAUGCGACUACGCGCUCGCGGCCCAUGUUUGAGUCCUCGGUACAACCGACGUCCAAGGCAUCGCCCCUCGCUUCGGGGAGUAAGCAUGGGAAGAGGCCGAAGACGACUAAUCUUCUGGGAGACCGGAAGGCGCUGUUGCGCAGUGAGUUGACGAGCAAUACGCGUGCAGCAGUCGAUCCGUUUCUCAGUCAAGAUGCAAAUACAUGGCAGCCGGAGAGCAAGCGACGAAAAACUGCGCCAAACAAACCAACGGCGACGGUCAAGGGUCCUGAUGAUAACAACUCUAACCAACCUUCUGAUGCCAUAUCUGAUGGGCCUUUGCAGGAGGGGAAUACAUCGGCUCAGAAGCAGCCCGGUGCUGCAGCUGCUCUGGUUGCUUAUGCUUCCGAUUCAGAUUGA